AUGUCUGAAGUUGAAGCACAACCAGUUGAAGGAUACGAAGAAGAGAUCGUCUCUGAACCAGUUGAGGUGAAGUUCGUCGAGCUUGCCACUCCUAUCCCAAAAGAUAUCCAAGUUGGCGCCCAAGAGGUCAAGUUGUUCAACAAAUGGUCUUUUGAAGAUGUCACCGUCAAGGACAUCUCUUUGACUGACUACAUCCAGAUCAGACAACCAGUCUACGUCUCCCACACUGCCGGAAGAUACGCUUCCAAGAGAUUCAGAAAGGCUCAAUGUCCUAUUGUCGAGAGAUUGACCAACUCCUUGAUGAUGAACGGUAGAAACAACGGUAAGAAGCUCAAGGCUGUUAGAAUCGUCAAGCACGCCAUGGAGAUCAUCAACGUCUUGACCGACCAGAACCCACUCCAGGUUGUUGUUGACGCUAUUGUCAACACCGGUCCAAGAGAAGACUCCACAAGAAUUGGAUCUGCCGGUACCGUUAGAAGACAAGCCGUCGAUGUGUCUCCACUCAGAAGAGUCAACCAGGCUAUUGCUCUGCUCACUAUUGGUGCUAGAGAGGCUGCUUUCAGAAACGUCAAGACCAUUGCCGAAUGUCUUGCUGAAGAGUUGAUCAAUGCUGCUAAGGGUUCUUCCACCUCCUACGCUAUCAAGAAGAAGGACGAGCUGGAGAGAGUUGCCAAGAGUAACCGUUAA